AUGACACUGUUUGUUCUACCUCGUACUCUCCGAGCUUCCCUCCUCCCCCUCUUCAGCCGUUCCCUCUCCACCACUAGUUCUUUUGAUCACUCGAUACCGCCGCCACCUACUCCACCCCAAUCGGAAUCCCACAAAAGCCCAGCCCCAAAUUACCCAAUCCCCAAACCGCGAACUCGAACCCCACUGGAAAAACAAUUCGAGUCAUGGCUCCAAAACCUCAAAUGUGGAUUCACUCCAUCGGACGUAGACCAAGCCCUCCGUGCCCAGUCCGACCCGGACCUCGCUCUGGACAUUUUCCGAUGGACAGCUCAGCAACGUCAUUACAAGCACACCCACCUCACUUAUCUUACAAUGAUUGAAAUUUCCAUCUCCGGCAGGAGAUACCGCGUCGCCGAGACUUUAAUGGAAGAAAUUCUCGCCGGCGCGUGCCCGUCAAGCCUUCCCUUGUUUAACACCAUGAUCAAAUUCUGUUGUGGUCGUCGUAAACUAUUGUUUAAUCGGGCUUUUGAUAUUUAUAAGAAAAUGCAGAAAUCUGAUGAUGCUAAGCCGGAUCUAGAGACUUAUACUUUGUUGUUCAAUACCCUUUUGGGAAAAUUCAAUAAGCUGAAUGUGAGUUAUGUGUAUUUACAUGCGGUUAGGUUGCUAGCCAGGCAAAUGAAGGCAUCUGGGGUUAUUCCAGACACAUUCGUGUUGAAUAUGAUUAUUAAGGCCUAUUCGACAUGUCUUGAAGUGGACGAGGCGAUCCGGGUCUUUCGUGAAAUGGGUUUGUAUGGAUGUGAGCCGAAUGCUUUUACAUAUAGUUAUAUGGCAAAAGGGUUGUGUGAGAAGGGGAGGGUGAAUCAGGGUUUGGGGUUCUAUAAGGAGAUGAGAAUGAAAGGGCUGGUGCCGAAGGGUAGUACUUGUAUGAUAUUAAUCUGUAGUCUGGCAAUGGAACGUAGGUUUGAGGAUGCAAUUGAGGUUGCAUUUGAUGCAUUGGGCAACUCCAUGUCACCUGAUCUGUUGACAUAUAAGACUCUCUUGGAAGAGAUGUGCAAGGAUGGGAGGGGGAACGAUGCGUUUGAGCUACUUGAAGGAUUCAGAAAAAGAGAUGGUUUAAUGAAUGAGAAGACUUACAAUACUUUGUUGAAUGGACUACAUUUUCUAACUGAUCCACUUUGUGAGGUGGAAGUCCCCUCUGAGCUUCCUGUUUGUCUUAUUUGGAUAGCUCAAGUGGCGUACUGGAAGAAAGAAAGAUGGAAUCGACAGGUUAUCUCUGAAGCUAUGCGAAUGAGGGCAAAAGCUGUGCCACUUACAACCGUGUCUAAGAUGCUGCAUGCGGAGUGGGAUAGCUUUUACUAG